GAUACAUCACAUGAUUCGGCGAGGUCAGCUGAUAGCGAUACAUUUUGUUGUUUGGAAUUACGGAUGCAUGACAUUUUUUAUUAUAUUCUGACAAGCUAGACAGCGUGCGUUGUCGUGUCAUAUAACCGCUCUUCCAUCAUUACUGCAGGACGCAAUCGGUGAUGCGCUGUUGUUAGGGGGCGCAAAAGCUCGAAGAAGUUACACCUGAAAGAGGAACUGCUCUGCAAGACGGCCUUGCAGGCUUUGAGCUAGAUGUUGUAAAAAAUACGGAACGUUUCAAACAGGACAGUAACCUUUCUGAAUUCGGGCUGUAUACACCCUUUUUUACAGAUGGCAUCCAUUCUGGAAGAAUACGAGUAUUCUCAGAGCUCCCGACACAGUGCACUACAGCAAAGCCGUCUCUCCGCGUCCAACAUUGGGAUUGCGCACUCGGGGUUUGUAAAUGCUCGAUUGGAAGAAGAGAAACCAAUCUUCACAAAACAGAGGAUUGACUUCACUCCACCUGAGAAGAUUAACCACUUGACUGUGUGUAACAACCAGCUCUGCAUGAGCCUUGGGAAGGACACCCUGCUGAGAAUUGACCUAGGAAAGCCCGAUCAGCCAAAUCAGAUUGAAAUUGGACGCAAAGAUGAUGCAAAGGUAUACAAUUUGUUCUUGGAUACAACUGGUUCUCAUCUGGUGAUCAGCCUCAACACAAAUGAAAGUCUUUAUCUGAAUAGAAAUACCCAAAAAAUACGAAGUUUGUCCCGAUGGAAAGGUCACCUCAUUGAGAGCAUUGGAUGGAACAAAUUUCUGGGCACAGAGGCCAACACUGGACCAAUUCUGGUCGGAACAAAUCAGGGUCACAUUUAUGAGGCUGAAAUUUCAACUUCAGAAGGAAGCCUUUUCAGUACAAACCCAGACCAAUAUUUUCGACAGGUGCACAUACUAGAUGAAGAUGGCAGCCCAGCACCAGUCUGCAGCUUGGAGAUUGAGCGUGGGAUUGAAUCAAAAUAUUUUAUCAUAGCAACCACGAGAAAGCGCUUGUUUCAGUUUGUUGGCAGGGUACCUGAAGGAUCAGAGCAGCAGGGUUUCAGCUCAAUUUUCAAUCAAAAUGCGGACCAUUUCCCCAGUUUUCAGGAGUUUCCAGCGAACUUAGGCUAUAGUGAAAUAGCAUUUUACACUCCUAAGCUACGUACUUCUCCAAGAUCAUUUGCUUGGAUGAUGGGCAAUGGUGUUCUUUAUGGAACUGUUGACUACGGGCGUCCUGAUUCUCUGUUGAGUGAUGUCCAGGUCUGGGAAUAUCCCACAGACAUUGACUUCAAUUUCAACAAGCCUAUUUCUAUUGUCCUCACACAGUUCCACUUUUUACUGCUGCUGCCAGAUCGAGUGAAAGCGGUUUGCAUACUAAAUGGACAAGUUGUAUUUGAGGAUGUUUUUCCAGAUAAGUUUGGUUCCUUGAAAAAGAUGAUUAAAGAUUUUGCAGUUGGGUUAAUUUGGAUCUACACAGAAAAAGCAGUUUUUCGUUACCAUAUUCAAAGAGAAUCAAGGGAUGUGUGGCAGAUGUAUAUGAGCAUGGGGAAAUUUGAUUUGGCCAAAGAGUACUGCAAAGACAGGCCAGAGUGCCGUGACAUUGUAUUGGCCAAAGAAGCAGAGAACUGCUUUCAGAACAAGAAAUAUAUUGAAAGUGCUAAGUGUUACGCUCUUACUCAGAAUUACUUUGAAGAGAUUGCAUUGAAAUUUAUUGAGGCCAAACAAGAGGAAGCACUUAAAGAGUUCCUGUUAAAGAAACUCAAAAACCUAAAGCAAGGAGAGAAGACUCAGAUCACACUUCUGGUGACAUGGCUUGCUGAGCUUUACUUAAACAGACUGGGCACUUUGGAGGCAGAUGAGACCAAACGCUGCCAGUUUUUAGACUCUCGAGAUGAGUUUCGCAGUUUCCUCCGUGACUCCAAAAUUAAAGAAUGUCUGUAUAACAACAGAUCCACCAUUUAUGAUCUUCUGGCCAGUCACGGUAAUGUAGAAGACAUGGUGUUUUUUUCAGUAAUUAUGCAGGACUAUGAGAGAGUUAUCUCUCACUACUGUCAACAUGACGAGUAUGAUGAAGCAAUUGAUAUUUUGUCUAAACAUCGAGAUGAAACUCUCUUUUACAAGUUCUCUCCAGUACUCAUGCAGCAUAUUCCCAAGAAAGUUGUGGAUGCCUGGAUUCAGAUGGGAAACAGACUUGAUGCAAAGAAACUAAUUCCUGCUCUUGUAAACUACAGCCAGAUUGGAAGCACACAGCAGAUCAAUGAAACAAUACGCUACAUGGAAUUCUGCGUGUAUCAGCUGGCGGUGACGGAUGAAGCAAUUCAUAACUAUCUUUUAUCUCUGUAUGCCAAAUAUAAGCCAGAGGCUUUGCUAUGGUAUCUAGAGCAAGCAGGAACACACUCCUCAGACAUUCACUACGACCUGAAGUACGCCUUGCGACUGUGUGCUGAACAUGGACAUCAUAAAGCCUGUGUCCAUGUGUACAAGAUAAUGGAGCUCUACGAAGAGGCCGUGGAUUUAGCAUUGCAGGUGGAUGUUGACCUGGCCAAGUCAUGUGCAGACCUGCCCGAGGAUGACGAAGAGCUGCAGAAGAAAUUAUGGCUAAAAAUCGCCCGUCAUGUGGUUCAAGAGGAAAAAGAUGUUAGAAAAGCCAUGAACUGUCUGUCCAGCUGCAAUCUUCUCAAAAUUGAAGAUAUUUUACCAUUCUUUCCUGACUUUGUCACCAUUGAUCACUUCAAGGAAGCUAUUUGUAUUUCCCUGGAAGAAUACAACAAGCACAUUGAGGAGCUAAAGCAAGAAAUGGAGGAGGCUACAGAGAGUGCAAAACGAAUAAGAGAAGACAUCCAGGAGAUGAGGAACAAGUAUGGGAUGGUAGAUUCUCAAGAUAAAUGUGCCGUCUGUGAUUUCCCCUUGCUAAACCGCCCUUUUAACUUAUUUUUAUGUGGCCAUAUGUUUCACUGUGACUGCCUUUACCAAGAGGUUUAUCCUCAGUUAUCUAAACACAAACGGAGCAAACUUGAUGAGCUGCAGAAAAAGUUGUUAGCGACUAGCCAGGUCACUAAGUCAAGACGUCCAAAAAAAGAAGAUGACACAACAAGUCUUGGCAAAGGCCAAGAGAGCCGGGAGCAAAUUAAGUCGGACAUUGAUGAUAUCAUUGCAGCCGAGUGUGUGUACUGUGGAGAGCUGAUGAUUAAAUCCAUUGAUAAACCUUUUAUUGACAAGCAAAAAUACGAGGAAGAGAAACUAAGUUGGCUAUAAUACUGUUGAGAUAACCUGAACUGCAGUGGUGACACAUUACCAUUAUGCCAUAUUUGCCUGCCUGCUAAAUGUUUACAGGAUAUUGUACAUCUCUCUGUUUCUCUCUCCUGAGUAAGGAAUUCUGGAAGGAAAUGAAAGAAAAAAAUAAAAAGUAUACACACACUUAUGCAAUUGCAAGUAGAGCUUGUUUUAGGACAUGCGGUUAAGCAGUUACACUACGUUGUUAUUUAUUCAAUUUUUAAUAUGAUACAUAUUAUAUAAAGAACAGAGGAGAGGAUGAUGGCGGUUUACAAUGUGACCAUGUAAUGUUUCUAAUUGGUCACUUUGUGUUUUCCAGCCUCAUUUAAUUAUUUCAAUUCAUCAGGAUAGGUUGAGUGAAGGAAACCGAUCAUGCCUUUUGGUUUGUUUUGAUCUUCUCAGCUUUGAACCGUACAGCUCACCUGGCUCUAAUUUUCUACUCAUUAACAUUGGCUCCUCAGUUCUGCCUUUCCUCCAUUUAAGGCAGGACACACUUCCAGUGUCAAAACCCAUCCAGUUUCCAGACAUUUUUCAAAAAGAUAAUCUAAAACGACACUGUGCAACUUCUUCAUCAUUUUCCAAGUCUGUUAGGAUUGGUUAACUCACAUGAAUGCCUGCGCAUUGCAAAUAGUGAUACUGUGACACUUUGUUCGCUGUUUACUAGCUUUGUUCAUACAUACAGUACUCCAGUAUUGGAAAUUUCUGAGAAUCUACUGUACACUAGAUGUCAGCUUGGGAAAAUGCAGGGUCUCCUUUUGUAGGGUUCUUUAUUAUAAUGUUUUGCCCACGCCUCCCAUCAACCAUUGGGUUUACCGGUAAUUGUCUACGGUAGUCUACACACAGUGUGUCAAGGAAGGGAGGUCAUUGGCUGCUCAGGAGCCCUGCUAAUUUUCCCAGAUCUCUGGAUUGCUGACUUUUGCACAAGAGCUCGAGUUUCGCUUUUUCUGCUGCCUUUUGAACUAACAGUCAAGAUGUAACCAAGACUAACUAGAUCUGCUGUAUAUAUUAUGUCUUGUAAAUAUUUCAUAAUAAAAAUGAACAGAACUGCAAAUUGUUCUGUUUUUAAUUAUGA